AUGGGUGGAUCGUACAUUUGCGUACACUUCGGUAAGAUAGAAGUGAUUGAACUUGCCGGGCUCAAAAAUUUUGCGACUGGUCUACCACGUGUCUUCAAAAUACCCCAGGAUGAAUGCACCGUCAGCAAGAAGUGGUGUCGGCGUCGUUUUUCCGAACCUGUAGAGUCAAAUCAAAUGUUGCUUGAGUUUGCACCAGCCACCCUUACUCUGCUCUGCGCUGCCAUCCUAACUUGA